CGGGGGCAGCGGCGGUCCAGGGCUCGGCGCGGCUUGCGUGCCGGGAGGGAGCCCGUGGUCCCGCAGCCCUUCUCCCUCUUGGAUACCCUGUCCUCUCCUCUUCCCCUUUCCCGCCCCGGCCCACGGUGCGAGGCUGGGAGCCGCCGCCCGGGCCGCGCCGCGCUGUCUCUGAAGGGCACACGUCAGAGCACACCAUGCCUCCUAGUAAAGACGCCAGCAGUCUUAACAGCUCGGCAGCAGGGCUCAUCUGCCUCCCUCCGAUCUCUGAGGAACUACAGCUUGUGUGGACUCAAGCAGCGCAGACCAGUGAGCUGGAUGGAAAUGAACACCUGCUACAGACCUUCAGCUACUUCCCCUACCCAAGCCUGGCAGACAUUGCACUCCUCUGCCUACGGUAUGGGCUGCAGAUGGAGAAGGUAAAGACCUGGUUUAUGGCCCAACGCCUCCGCUGUGGCAUUAGCUGGUCAUCUGAAGAGAUAGAAGAGACUCGAGCCCGAGUGGUGUACCACCGAGAUCAGCUCCAUUUCAAGUCUCUUCUCUCUUUCACGCAUCAUACAGUGUGGCCCCCACAGGAGACACCUCCAGUGCCCUCUCCAGAGCAGGUUGCUCUUGAACUGUGUCCUCCGGCUCUUAGUGAGCCCACCCAGAUGAAAGGAUUGAAGGUUGAGCCUGAGGAACCCUCUCAGGUACCACAGGUGCCACAGAGUCACCAGAAAGUGAAGGAACUUCUGAUGACAGGUAGCAGAGCAUUCCCCCACCAAUCAGAUUUUUGUCAGGAUCUUCAGAUCAGUGGACUCUCUAAGGAGCAUGCAGAAAGGGGGUCCAACCAGUCAUGUGGAGGGACUGCUUCCUGGAAUCAGCCCACAGCUGUCCAUCAGCCACGUGCUGGGGAUAAGCCCCCAUCGAUCUCAUUACUUGUCAGUGGUUGUAAGGAGGAAUCAGCACCUAGUGGGACACCUCCAUCUCCCUCUUUCCAGGUACUGGCUAAUGGAACCACUGCCACCCCUCAACCCCUCCAGCCUUUGGGCUAUAGGCCACAGUCAUUCUCGCCCAGUGAACGGGCACUGUCCCCACACAUAGAACCACCCUGGCCCCAAAGGCUACGGAAUAACUCAGUAGCAGGUAGGGUUGGCCCCACAGAGUACCUUUCGCCAGACAUGCAGCACCAGCGAAAGACUAAGCGCAAAACCAAAGAACAGCUGGCCAUCCUCAAAUCCUUUUUCCUGCAGUGCCAGUGGGCACGACGGGAAGAUUACCAUAAACUAGAACAGAUCACUGGUUUACCUCGCCCUGAGAUCAUUCAGUGGUUUGGUGAUACCCGAUAUGCCUUGAAGCAUGGACAACUGAAAUGGUUUCGGGACAAUGCAGUACUUGGUCCGUCUACUUUUCAAGAUCCAGCUAUGCCUAUACCACCAACUCAUUCCUUGAAAGAAUGGGCCAAGACACCACCUCUGCCAGCCCCACCACCCCCACCAGACAUACGACCUUUAGAGAGGUACUGGGCGGCCCACCAGCAGCUGCAGGAAGCUGAUAUCCUUAAACUGAGUCAGGCAUCAAGACUUAGCACUCAGCAAGUGUUGGACUGGUUUGACUCUCGACUGCCUCAGCCAGCGGAGGUGGUAGUUUGUCUAGAUGAAGAGGCGGAGGAUGAAGAUGAGGAUGAAGAACUGCCAGAAGAUGGUGAGGAAGAGGAGGAGGAGGAGGAAGAUGAUGUUGAUGAUGAUGAUGCCAUACAAGACUGAGGGGGGUUGAGAAAGAAAAGGGGGAGGUCUAUUACUGAAAGAUAAACCACCUUAUUGACCGUUUAAA